AAUGUAUACACAUUGGACCCGUAAUUGCUGAAAUAGGGUAAUCAGAAUCAGUAGUAAAGGAAAAAUGUCGAUUCUGUGGGAGAAGAGCGGUACAUGGAGGUGGAUGGUAAGGAAGACCAGGGAUUCGAAGCCAUUUUUCCUCGCAUUCGCCACCGUGUGCGGCGUCGUUCCGGGGGUUAUAGGCUUCUGCGUUAUGCAACUCACGAGCUCCCGCAACCCUGACCUCGAAGCCAAACUCCGCCAGUCUGCGCGCCCUGAAUCUCUAAUGAUGGGUAAAGUUAAUAGAGAGCGGCUUGGAGAAUAUCUUGGGGAACUGAAGAGAAAAGAGGACACCAAUGACAGAUAUGUUGCUGCUCUGAGGGGGGAGACAUUGACUAGAAAACCGUACGUGAGAAUUCAACCAAUCCCAGAGCAAAAUGGUUCCGAAGUUCAAAAGGAACAGAAAUAGACUGUUCGUGAGGUUUUGUUCCAGCUAGAUCUUGAUUUCGAUAUGGGAAAGAGGAGUUGGCUGCGUUGAACUGUCAGUGUGGAUUUGAACUAUUUGCACGGUUGUUUCUAGUGUGGGAUUUCUGUAAAUUGUAUCGGUAUCUUGACAAAAAUAAGCAAUGUCAGAUUGAUUGCUCAGAUGGGGAAUUUUACAUACAUAUAUAUUUGUCGAAAUACUUGAAUCAGGCCUGAUCUUCUACCGGAUUAAAACUUCCACUGUUCAGGUUCUCUUGCCAUGUCAGUAGUGAAAAGUUUUAAUCCUUUUCAUUGGGGGCAAUAGAUCAAUUUCAGUACUUGAAUAGAAUACCAUUUGAAUGAAUCUUCAUUGAGAUACUGUUCCAUCA